AUGUCACUUGACCGUAUUGAAUUCAAAGCACCGUUCAAAGCAUUUGUCCAUCGAUGGGAGCAAUUCUGCGAAGCCAGAGACAACGAGCUUGACGGCCCUACUAGAACUCAUGUUGAGCUAUUAUACCACAUUCUUAAUGAUGAGCUUCAUGCCACAAUCUCACACAAGAACGACUUGAUGAAAAACCGAUUGUCCACCCACGACCUCCUUUGGGCAAUUUUUGAGCCCGGCUGUUCUCUCUGGAGCAUUGUCGAUGGACGCCAGCGCGCCUUUGAAUACGAUUCGGGCGACUAUAACACCCAAACAGGCGCAUUUGAUAUGCGUGUAAAAUACGUUGACUGGGACGGUGAAAAAUUUUGCCACGAAACACACGUGCUGUCCAUAUCGCCCUACGAAGGGACGGUACCUAUUAUGGACUUAUCAGCAUUUCCCAUUUCCUAUCAUAGCAGCCACCAGGCCGUGAAACAAGACCUCAUCUCGCGUGGAAAGCUAUGGGAAUCAUACAAGGGAUACCACUACAAACACUAUGAAGGGAUCGCUAAAGCUUUCCACCUCGGGCGCGAGAGACGUUUUAGUAUCAAAGGUCGAGUUGUCAUUGAUGGAGAAGCAUACAAUUUCUUCAACCCAGACGAGAACAUGUUAGGUCCCGGUCCGCCCCUGCCAACUGGCGUACUAUCCGACGACGAUCGACUUAUUGCCACCCCUAUGCUCCGUGGCUAUGCCCUUCGAGAGAAAAAGUGGAUGCGAUUUUUCGUCGACGACGUGACUGAUAUCACCUGGAACAAACAGGCAUUUGACUCUUUGGUGCUCCCUCACGCGCAACAGGAUCUAAAAAGGUUGAUCCUUGGACUCGCUCGGUCGCAGUCUAGUCGCCAGGACACUUUCGACGACGUAAUUCAUGGUAAAGGCCGGGGGGUGAUCAUGCUUCUUAGGGGACCUCCAGGGGUAGGAAAAACUCUUACUGCGGAGAGCAUUGCAGAGGUAAUGAAAGUGCCUCUGUAUGUCCUGAGCGCAGGCGACCUUGGAACGACUGCAAGAAAAGUCGAAGACACCUUGAAGGAUAAUUUCACGAUGAUCCCCAGAUGGGGAGCCAUUAUUCUCCUUGACGAGGCUGAUGUUUUCAUGGAGGCUCGCGAUGCAGUCGACCUUCAGAGAAACGAGCUUGUCUCCAUCUUCUUGAGGCUCCUGGAGUAUUACGAGAUAUGGCAACAAUUUAUCUCUGAAAGUAAUAUCGAGAACUUCUCAGAGACAGAUCUUGAUCAAGUUGCUAGGUUGGAGCUGAACGGUCGACAGAUCAAGAAUGUUCUUAAGACUGCGCAUUUGCUGGCGAAGGAAGAGGCAUGUGGACUCAACUAUAACCAUGUCCGGAUAGUCUUGAACCUGAGAGCAGAAGAAAAGACAGGCAGUGUGUUUCGUUGA